AUGCCCUUCGUCCAGCGCCUGGUCCAGCCGGUCAAUGUGGCCCAGGCCACGGCGGCCAGUUUGGGCCACGCCUCCGGGCGAUUCCACUGUACGCCCGGGAAGUGCCGGAACAACAACUGCAUCAACAAGCAGUCGCCGGAUGGGGAUGGCGGGAGCCCAGGUUCACCCACUUCCCUGACCCGCGUCCUGGUCCACCAGGCGGCGGCCAGCAGCGAGGAGCAGCCGGUGCCACCCGCUCCGGCGCCCAUGAAGAAGCUAAAGCAGCACGUCGAGUUCCUGUCCACCUCGCCCACGCGCCACCAGUCGCAAUCGCUGCCCAAUUCGCGGCAUCCCAGCCAGCAGCGACCGACGCUGGGCAGGAUCGCCAGUGCACCGCAGUCGCCCACCGCCGGCUCCUCGAAGGUCAUCUCGGGUCAUGAGUUCGACUCGAUCAGCAACAUCACGCUGAGCAAUGCCCUGAGGCAGCUGGCCAGCUUGGUCCUCAUAGCCAGCGACAUUUUCGACGACCUGCAGCGGGAUCUGCAGGCAGUGGGCGAGCGGGCAGGGCGGGUGCAGCGGAAAAUUGCCGCCGUGGAGCGACGCGUCUGUGCCUACGAUCCGAAAACGGUCACAGUUCCUGAAAGCGACCUGCUCACCUUUGCACAGCGCAAACAGCACUUCGAGACGGACAAGUCAUUCCAGCAGGAGCUCUUCACCGGCGACUCGCGACCCCUGAGUGUCCGCCAGCUGUACACGGAGGCCGGGAAGGAGCUGCCGGUGGCCGCCGGAGCCACGGCGGUGGCCCUCGCCUCCCUGGCCCACUCCCAGUCGCUGAUCCCCUCCCGCUCCAUCUCCUUCAACGGCGAGGUGCUGUCCAGCGAUCACGAAGUCCUGCCUCUCAAUGGAUCCGCCGGCGCGGAGGAGCAAUUGCUGUGCGUGUCGGAGUUUGGCAAUGCCAACCGCAAGCUGCGCACGCGCAUCGAUGCCGAGAUCGAGAUCCGUUUGCCCGCUGCCAUCGAGGAUCUGCGGAAGUGGACAUCCAGCGAGGCGCUGGGUGAUGUCACCGUCACGCCGGAUUGCAUGCAUCACGUGGACACCUCGGUGAGCACCUCGCUGGUCAUCGGCGAGAACGGCAUCCUGACCCCGGCCCUGUCUCCGUCCGUCCUCUCCGCCGAUGCCGUCGACGCCCUCUACGCCCAGAACCUGAGCCAGGCGGCGGACAGCUCCCGGCACAACCACCACACGCAGGCCCUCAUCCCGAACGAUAUCAAUAAAGAUGUGCCUUUGAACCAUCGCUUGCCUUCCCCCGAGGAACAAACCAAACAGAUUGCCUUAAAAUACCCCGCCGAAGUGAUUUCGGUGAACACCAGCGGGAAGCACUUCCAGCGGAUGUGUGCGGCGCGAAAGUCCACCAGCGGAGGAUAUGCGGCUGGAACCCCGGCAGGAUCCUCGAGCAGCACAUCGCCGAAGAACGCGGGUCCGGCGGAGGGCAACAACCUGGACGACAAUGUGCAGACAGUCAGCCGAAGGUCGAGAUCGCGGAAGGUGCGCGGCAAGCGGCGGAACACGAUAGCCGGAAUCGACCAGAAGGAGAUCCAGGAUGCGGCCAAUGGCAAUGGGGAGUCGAAGAAUGCCUCGAAUGCCACCUCUCCAGUGGCCCACCAGCCAGCUCAUAACCAGGCGGAGUCCUCCUCCUCCUCGGAAGCCAAGAAGUCCAAGAAGUUCGGACGCAGCAAGUCGAGUGACAUCUUAAAAAAGGAAUCUGCUGCCUUGCCCUACGACAAGGGCAAGAGCACUUUGACCCGGCUGAACUCCCUGAAGCAGUGGGGUCGCAACCGCUUCAAGUUCAUGCAGCGCACCGGCGAACUGGGCGACCAGUUGGACACCAGUGGCUGCAGCUCCCAGAACAGCUCGGCGGCCGAGAAGGCGGACGGCCAUCAUGGAUCGCCGGCGGGCGAGAGCAGCAAGGAUCAGCGGGACAUCGACGACGAGUGCGUGGUGCAUCAUCUGGUGGCCCAGAAGAGUGAAUCUCGGUUUUCGCACGAACGAAAGCCCUCGUAUUCCUCCUCGGAGAAGAGCAUGAGUGUGUCCAGCACGGGCCAGCUGAGGGGCAGACUCCAACUGACCUCCGGCUCCGGUUCCACUGUACCGCUGGCAGUGAAGAUGCGGGAAACAGCCACCCUGAACCGCCAGCGACGGAACGGUCUGCAUGCUCUGGCUGGCAAGGAGGAGCAGCCGCAUUCCUCGAGCGGCAACUGGAGUGCCAGCUCGGAAUCGGGACGCGCCUCCAUUGGCAGCGAGAUCACCAUGCAGCCCAAGUCGAGUGCCUCGAGCACCUCGCUGAAUGUGUCCAGUUUCCAGGCCGGCGGCGGCGGCGGAGGAGGAGGAGGUGUGGGCAGUGGACCGCCCUCGUCCAUGCUGAGCAGGCGGCGCUUCCUGAACACCUCGGCCUCCAGCAGCGUGACCAGCGAGGGCACUGCCACGCCGGAGCUCCAAGCGGAGGCCGGAGCCUAUCCAGGUCACCUGGACGAUGAGACCAGUUCAGCCUACAGCUGCGACACCGAGGGCUACUACACCUCCUUCCACAUGGACAGCGGAUUGCGAACGCUCAAGGAGGAGGAGCCCUCGCCCAUGCCGGGCACUCCUCUCCAGACGAGCCUGCACACGAGCAGCUACUCCUUUGGCAGCCAGUCCAACCAGACGGUGCUCAAUGCGGAGAGCGAGUACGAGCUGUUUGGCAGGGGAUCCACCUCCACGACUACCAGUUCCGCGGGCACCGUCUGCACUGCCCUGCUGAGUGGAGCCGCCUCUGGGCCGGAUGUGCCCGAGCGGAGCAGCUCGCUGGGCAAGCACAGUGGGCAGAGCAGGAGCCAGAGCACCAGUGCCAGCAGCAGCACGCUGGAGAGGAGCUACAGCAGUAGCACCAUCGGGAGUACUUUGGAGAGAACGGGCACCAUCAAGAGGAAUGUUAAAAUGUCACCAACUAAAGGAUCUGGAGGAGAUCUGCUGGAAAAGGAGGGCCAGGAUCAGCAGCAGCAGCUGGAGUUCUCGGAGAGCUCCGACCUGGAGGGUGUGGAGCGCAUAGAGCGGAUCAAGCAGAAGACGGCCAUUAGUUCCAAAAGGAUACCCUCCAUGUGCAUCAUUACGCCCACCACCAGUGACGAUGAUGAGAAUCAGACCACUGAUCUGAAUCGCACCCUUACUAUAGAGGUGGAGGAGCAGGAGGAUGAUGAGGAGCCGGAGCAGAAGACGCCCACGAACAGCAAGGACCACAACCUGAACGAGCUUAAGCAGACGCCCACGAAGGCGCUAAGCGGGAUGUUUGAGAAGCUAAGGGUGAAACUGGUUCCGGGCAAAAGCUCCCCGGCGAAGAACCAGAACCAAAUCCAAGCGAAGCCCGCCAACGCGAGUGCCGUGAAUGAUGACGAGCUUUACGAUUUGGCCGGCGAGUACGUCACCAUAGCGGAUAUCAGCAACAACAAUAACAACAAGCACAACAAGCCGAGCAUGGGCAUGGGUAUCUACUAUUCCAAUGACAUAGUUUCCAAGAGGGUUGAACCCUCAUCGGAGUACGUUUCUCUGAACGAGCUGCCUCAUCACUUGCGUCGGCAUGCGGUCUCCUCGCGAGUUGUUCCUUCUGUUCAGGCGGAGAGCGAGUCCUGCGCACAACAACAGCUGCCCGCUGAGCCGGCAGCUGCUACUGCUGCAUCCCAACCACCCCUUCAAAAAUGCCAGGGUGAGGGGGUGCCCAUGUACGCGGAAAUCGGCGAACUGAGCGAAGAGAAGCCGCUCGCAUCGGCGAGCCAUCGGCUGAAUCGACUGCGUCCGAAUGCCGAGGGGAAACUGGUCUACGACUCCGACAGUCUGAAGCGGCGCAAGGGUGCACACACCACCUUCGCACCUGGGCCGUACGUGAAGGAAACCGAAAGUGCGCUCCACAGUGCAGAAAGUGCAGCGGCGGCAGCAGCAUCAGCGGAGGUUAUCACGGGAUCAACAGGAGCAGCAGGAGUCACCACCAAGAGCGCCAAGCUUCUACUGCUCAGCGGAGGCGGACUAAUUGCUGGCAAUCGCAAGGUGGCCAAUGUGAGGCCCAUUGUGGCCAAAUCCCCACUCAGCAGGAACACCAACGGAAUGGCCACCUACCAGGCCAGCAGCUAUCAGGAGCAGAAGCAACUCCUGGCCAACCGAACGAAUCCCUUCUACGAAACCAUAGCCACACCAGUGGCCAAUUUGAUGAUGCCCUCUCCCUCGGGAAAAUCCAAUUCCUCAACGGGCUCCACAGCCACCAGUUCCUCCUCAUCGGCAUCGGGUCACUCCGGUGAAGAAGGGUAUCAACGUUUCUCUAAUAUCUAUGAGCAAGUGCAGCCAGCACCGAGCACCCAGCCAAAGGAGGACGCAACUGCCACGCCCUUCCAGCGCAAUGCGCCCAUCUACUGGACGCUGCAGAGUCGCCGCAGCCAGCCAAGGCCACAGCCCACUGGGAAUGUGACCUGUCGCGAUGACCUCUAUGCCACGCCCAUUCGUCGGGCCGACCGACUGCCUCGCCCAGGGGCAGCAGCAACUGCAGCAGCAGCUGCAGCGGAAGGCAACAACAGGAGCAACAUAUCGCCAAUUGUGCCAAGGAAUCGAGCAGGAGCCUUCCUCACCUCCACGCCCACCAGGGGCGGUGGGGAGGGGGAGCGGGAGGCGGAGAACAGCCCAGUUCCUCCCAUGAAGCAGCCAUCCCGCAACUGGACCGACGAUGCCCCCGAACGGCUCAACACCUGUGCCGAUCGCAUUGGCCAGAGCAAGACCACGCUGAUGGACUUCAAGAAGCUGCUGCUGGCCAAGUCAGCCAAGGCGAGUCCUGUCCAGCGCAAGGUAUCCGCCGUGGAGCUGCUGAAGAAGUCCACGCCGGCAAACCCAACCCCACCAGCUGCGAAGACCCCUAUAUCGGGACAGAAAGUAGCGUCGGCUGGAAGCAAACCCACCAUAAACACCAGCCUCAAGCUGCUCGAUCUGAGUGGCUCGCCCAAGACGUUCGCCAACCGGCGGAUGCUGCGCCAGGGUCAGUUUGGAUCGCCCUCCAAGACGUUUGCCCCAAAGAUGCGGGGUCCCGUGAACAUGGUGGCUGCCGCAGCAGCACCACCAAGAACGGACAUCAUGUCGACCACGAUUCUGGAGGCGAAUAGCGAGGAGGAUCACUCUAAUACCAGCGGAGGAUCAAGGGCAAGCUCAGAGGCUGGAGAGACCCAACCCUCCAGCUUCGACCUGAAGCGGAACUUCUUCCUGCAGACCGAGGAGAACAACUUCAUGCGCGGGGAGCUGAAGCCCAGCUUUGCCAGGACAAAUGGAACAGCAGCAGCAGCAGCAGGAGGAGCUGGAGGAGCAGGCAGCGCCGAAGGCAACAAGUACGUGGCAGCUCCGGUGGCGAAUCCUUCGCUGCCCUCGUUCGAAACGGCGUUGUAGAGAGUGGGUCUAACCCACUGCUGUAGCCAGCGAAAGUACAUAUAUUCCAUAAGAAACGGAUCCCAUAAUCAGAUGAGCAAUUCCCUUCCGUAGCCAAGCCGAAACUGCAUUUAUUGACGGACGGAAACGAGUCAGAAGCGAUGCUACUUUAUGCAACAUAUACAUAUAUCACUAUAUAUAUACACACAACACAUUUAUACAAUAAACUGUAUUUUUUAAAUUGUGCUGCUUGUAUAAACGAGGAUGUUUUAUACACGAAAAUACGAAUCGUCGUUACACCUACAAUAUAUUUAUUUGUAAUUUUACGUUAUUUAUUGCAAUUAUGUAUUACGCUACACGCAUUGCUCUUUGUUUUGUAGUACAACACUUGUACGCCUACGAACUGAUGAGAAUCGCUUAUAAAUUAAACACAUUGGAUAACUCACUUGGAAA